UUGUUCUGAGCUUCUUUAGUUCGACUACAGUAAGAGCUGGUCAUAAAGAUUCCAACAAAGCAUCUGAGAUGAUAAAUUCAAACCUAAUUACGAUCAUGAAUAAUUAAUUAGCAAUGUAAAACUUGUUUCAGUUCUCUAUCACCUUCUUUAAUCUCUUGUAUGGAUAAAACAUUAACAUCUGGCUGUUUUUCUUUUAUCAGCAGCUGAAAUGUUCACAAUCAGCCCAGAGCAGAUGACUUUCAUACAUACAAGCAGUGCUUAUAAGUAUGAUUUAUGAGGAAUAAUUGAUGAAUGUGCUGCCAUUCUGUAUGCUAGCUUCCAUAUAUUGUCAUUCAUCACUGAGUCACUACAGUCUAAUCAAGAAAUGACCCAGAAAUGCAUUCUCCUGCCCAGUGUUGUCAUCUAAAUCAUGUGCACAUGAGUAGAGGAUUAGCUCUUGGGUUAAUUCGAUUCUGACUGUAAAUUUAUUUAGUGUCAUGAAUUACAAAUUGCUCAAUAAUUACAUGAAUUGUUAUUUUUAGCUCACCACCGCUGAGUGAAAGACCGUACCUUCACAGGAUGACCUGAAUAUACGUAGAUUAGAAGACGAUGCUGUGUUGUUGGCCCCACCAUGGUGUAGAGGAUGAGCUCGGGCAAUGGGACCAGGAGGAAAGUCAGUAAGCUGAAGCAUUUCAACAACAUGGUGGCAUCUGACCCUGAAACACAGACUGAGAUUGAUGGUCUUUUUAGUAAAAUUAGAACCUAUGUCAAACCAUCCAAUGAGGAGUGGUGCAUCCCCGACCCAAACGUCGCUCUCAGACACCCGGUGGAGAAACACAGUCGGCUGCAGGCCCUGAAGGCAUCGCUGAACGCUGUAAAGAACCAGCUCAGUGACAAGAACGUGCAGGUCUGGCAUCAGCACACCAACUCAACCAACAGAGCCGGGAAGGUGAUCUCUGCCGUUCGUUCGGCUGCAAACGCGGAAAUCUGCACUCAGGCCUGGUGCAAGUUCUUUGAGAUCUUGGGAGUCUUCGAUCUUAUUCCAGAGGAGGCUCUUCAAAAUGGAGAGCUCAACACGAUUCACCUGUGUGAAGCUCCAGGGGCCUUUAUAACUGCUCUGAACCACUACAUCAAAACCAGUGAGUCCACACGCUACUGUGACUGGAGCUGGGCCGCCAACACGCUCAACCCUUACCACGAGGCUAACGGUGGGAGCACAACGAUUGCAGAUGACCGGUUAAUUGCUAACACACUUCCCUGGUGGUUCUUUGGCUCAGAUAACACGGGCAACAUCAUGAUCCAGAAGCAUUUGCUGGAGCUGCAGGCAUUUGUGGCAAACAUGCGUCGAGUUGACCUGGUGACAGCAGAUGGUAGUUUUGAUUGUCAGGAGAACCCUGAUGAGCAGGAGGCGCUGGUGGCGUCACUGCAUUACUGUGAGGCCACAGCUGCACUGCUGCUCCUGAGCCCCGGUGGGUCCUUUGUACUGAAAAUGUUCACCCUGUAUGAGCACUCCUCCAUCUGUUUGCUCUACCUGCUCAACUGCUGCUUCCGCUCUGUCAACGUCUUCAAACCCUCCACCAGCAAGGCCGGCAACUCAGAGGUUUAUGUCGUAUGUCUGAACUAUGAGGCCAAGGAGGCCGUGAGGCCUCUGCUCUCCAAACUGAUUCGUAACUAUGGACCACAUCUGGCUGACCGAGAGGCACUUUUCCCCAACUCACAUGUCCCGCAGUCAUUUCAGCGACAGCACGAAGAGGUGUGCUUGUACUUCCACACGCUGCAGGUAGAGACGAUCACGGAAAACCUGCGACUGUUUGAAGGAAUGAGCGCAGAGCAGAGGCAGCGGCUCGACCACAUCAGAGACUGCACGGCUCAGGAGUACCUGCAGCGCUUCCAGGUGAGCUUCCUUCCCCGGAGUCGAUGGAUCUCUCGCAACACGGUGAAUCCCGCCUGCUGCAGCGUCUCAGCGGGUCGACCUUUGGGACAGAAGAAGCAAACAGGCUCCUUCAACGAGCGGAGGGAAUUGCAGACCCUGAGCUGGAGGGAGCGCGUUGAGAGGGGUUGCCAUGCUACCUGGAUACAGAGACACAGCACUGAGACCGGUGGGAGAGGCUGCAUGCUGGAAGGACCCCUGUCCACCUGUCUGGUGGAUUCAUGGUAUGUUAUCAUCGGCGCUGCACUACCUGCUGUGAUAAACUCUCCCUUCUGUGAAGGAGGAUUGUUAAAUCAGUUGAAUGAGGCCCUGAAGGACACAGCAGUAGACUGGACUUGUGUACCUCCCUGUGGCUCUUGCCAUGUGGUUUGCACUGCCUCCAUAAUGUCCGAUGUUGCAGGUCUUUGUGACUUCACGGCUGACAGAGAUGGGAACCAAAAGAAGAGGCAGUGUCUGGUGUUCGGCAGCCGCUCAGUGUGGGGUGCCUGUGAAAGCCAAUUUGGGAAUUUAGUCUUGACAUUUUCUGCAGAGCCUUCAUUUCCUCAAAGAGGCUGCCUCACGCUGCACGACGGGGAGCCGCUGUAUCAGGAACAGCUCUUAGGCUGUGUUGUGUUCUCCCUGCAGACCCUGAACUCUGGGGAUGCCCUGCUGCUGCCUGUGUUUUCUGCCCUCACCCGUGUCACAGCAGCUGUUGUGCUCUGCCUACAUGUCUGUUUUCACUCAGUCACAUUCAGGUGUCCGCCCCCGUCAGGCGUUGUAGGGACAGUGCUUGUGUGUGCGGGCUUCAGCCCUGAAGCUGCUGCUCGAAUACUCCCUGUUCUCACUGAUGUCCGUAACUGCAUGGGUCAGUUAAGAGGAGGGGAGGGCUCGGGUAAAGAUUUCCUGUCUGGUAGCGACAGACAGGUGCUGCAGUUUGUCCCUAUGGAGGAAGUGCUCACUGGAGGACUGACUGAGUUCCUGUGGACCAUGAACUCCGAGAUCAUGCAACAGAAGCUCCAUUUACUCAUGCAGUCAUAGUGCAGUUCAGUGAGCUGUGACUCUGUCAUUAUGUUACAGACCGUUUUAUUCUUGCUGAAUCAGCAGCAAGGUUCAGCUACAUGAGCUUUCUGCAGUUAGUGACUGAAUCAAUUUUUAGCAUUGAAAGAGUCACCCACUGAUUUAGCAUGGCACUCCAAAACACCAUCUGACUCACAAUGGACAAUUAUAAAGACACUGAUGAUUUGUCAGACUUUAUUCUGCUUCCUCUGGAGACCCAAAAGCAUUUAUACAACUUUUGACACAUAUGCAACAGUCCUGAAAACAGACUGAUGUUUUGUAUUUUUAGUCUAAUGAUGAAGCUAAUCAGAAGAGAUUGUAUUAAACUUACUGCUAUAUUCAUCACACUGCCCUAUCAAUGCUGUUAUUUAUUAAGGAACUUCUGGGACUUGUGGGACUGUUUUAGAAAUUAAAAUUACUGACCUCUGAAGGAUGAUGUCAUGUAGGCAAAGUUUUGUGCAUCUCUGUCUUUUCAACUGGCAUGCUAUUGGAAAUAGUAAUAUGAAUUUAGGAUGUAAAACGACCAAAGAAAGCAAUAGGGAGAGUGAUGGAACAGAUUUAGAGCCCAAUAGAAACAUUGGUUUAUCUUAACACAGAUCUAUCAGUAUCGGUGUAUAUGUUGUCUACUAAGUGAUAAGAAUUACCUGUUCAACAGCAUGCAUCUGGCAUGUGUUUUUUUAUAAUUCAUGGAUCAUUGUCAUGAUAGAAGUGUCUCCCAUCAUAUACUUGGCGAGAUGAAGAUAAAUUGAAAAUAAGAAUAAGCCUGCAGAUUAAGCCUGGAAAUUUGAGGCAGAUCAAGUAUGUUGUUAUAGAUGCAUUUGCAUUUGCUUAUUAAAAAAUUGGGCCAAAAAUAUGUGUUGAUCUCAAAUUAGUUAAAUAUUGAAUAAAUAAUUCUGAAACAAUUAAUCACAUCAGUUAAUUGUGGAAAAUGCAUAAACAGUAAUUAGUGAAAUAAUGUAAGAAAAUGAUUAAAACUCAUUAUCAUAAAGUCAUUAUUAUAUUAUUAGUAAUUUUUUGUAAUUUAUACCAUCUGUACUUUAUGAGACAAUAAUUUUUCAUGUCAGUUUUUUUUUUCAAAAUGCUAGUUUUAGUUUAUUUCAUUAUAUUGCUGAUAUUUUCUCAAUAACACUCAUGUGUCAGAGAUGUCACCACCCGCUCAUCUUUUAGCCUUUUUAGUCACAUGUUUACAACGACAACAAAGUAAUUUGGAAAUAAAAUUUGUAUAACAACAUUAAAAGAAUAUCCAAUCAAAUUCACUUAUCAUGAAUGUGAAUAAUGGAAGAAUAUUUCUUAAUCACAAGUUCUUUAAUCACUUAAUAUACAAGUUUGUUUUUUCAUUUUUAUGUUUUACACAAUAGUGGACUUUUUUUAAAAAACAUUCUGAACAGGACAUUUAACAUUUUAGAGUUAAAAAUAAAGGUGUCAGUGUCCUCAGGCUGUGUAGUGGUGAGACAGUUAUAUACAUAUAUGCUGAUAAAUCUCUGGUAAGCUGGGCAUUUAUGCAGAUGUGCAGCCACCUUAAAAACAUCUUUAUUAUUGUUAUUUCACUUCUGAAAAAUUUAGGCCAGAACAACAGCAUUUGAUGGUACAAGCUUGGAGUGCACAAAAGUGCAAAUUACUUUCAGUAUUUGAUCAAUAGAACUUCUAUGACAAAAUUCACUCAGGAUUUUAGGGAGGCAGAAUAAACAACAGUCCAGCCCUCAGCACCAAACCUCCUGUCAGUCACAGAUGGUUUGUGUUGAAAACCACAUCAUAAAGGCCUUGGAGUUUUACCCUGAAGACACAUUAUUUCAUCCCAGGUUGUUAGGGAUCUUUUUGUCUUUGUGCCACCGUGCAGCUUAUAGCCAACUUGCUGUUAGACGAUGAAGUUUUCUCUUUGGUGUCCAGCAAGAAAAACUUUCUGUCCGCAUAUGAAAGAAAGGACAGCCUGUUUGCACUAAAAUGGUUUCUAUUUUAUGAGCUUUUCAACAAGGGAGCUGUUGAGGAAAGAAACAUGUACAUAUGCUACUAAAGAUAUGCUGUUUGUGUUUAUUUGUAGUUUGUGUUCAUGCUUUUAUAACAUUAAUAUGUCACCUUGGAGUUAAUUCUUUUAGAGCCUUUCAAAAAUGAUAAAACAAGUGCACUGACA